AUGGACACACUUUGUCCUGUUCACGUUGAAGUGCGCUUAAAGCAAGAAAGUGUCGUCGACUAUGAGCAAAUAAGAGCAGGAGUUGACGAAUAUCUCGGAACAAUGUGUACAUUCUUUACAAAAGGCGUUGUAAUAUUACCUGAAACUCUCCAAUUGUCACGAUAUAUUGACAAUAUUGUCAUUACUGAGUUUGAUGGUGAUGUUGAGAAUGAGAAAAUUCCACAAGGAAAUGCUCAAUUGUUUAUUCACAUAUUUAAGCUCAGUGAUCAAGUUCCUGCGGAGGAAACUGCAGACGAUGAUGAGAGCGUGACAACAUGUCAACAGACAAUUCUUCCUGCCGCAAGUUUUGAUGGACUAUGGGAUUCACUUGUCUUUGACUCUUGUGUGAAGAAAAGUUUGCUGGAGUAUGCCAUGACGGCAAUGUUCUUUUCCGAUAUUAAGGUGAAUCCACAUAUCAUAUCGUGGAAUCGAGUGGUCUUACUGCAUGGACCACCGGGCACUGGGAAGACUAGUUUGUGCAAGUCACUGGCUCAGAAACUCAGCAUCCGACUAUCAUCUAGAUAUCCAUGCGCGGUUCUUUUAGAAAUCAAUGCACACAGCUUGUUCAGCAAGUGGUUUUCUGAGAGCGGAAAACUUGUCAUGAAACUUUUUCGGCAAAUUCAGGAACUGGUGGAAGACGAGGAAUCAUUCAUUUGCGUGAUGAUAGAUGAGGUGGAGUCACUGACAGCAGCUCGGAAAUCUGCGGUCAGCGGAUCGGAACCGUCCGACGCUAUUCGAGUGGUCAACGCAUUGUUGACGCAGCUAGAUUUGUUAAAGCGUCGCUCAAAUGUGUUGGUGCUCACGACAUCAAACAUUACUGAAGCCAUUGAUGUCGCCUUUGUUGACAGAGCAGAUAUCAAGCAGUACAUUGGACUUCCAUCGUGUCAUGCACGCUAUGAAAUUUUGCGUAGCUGUGUUGAAGAACUUCGACGUGUAAGUAUUCUUCAAUCGAGCACAAAAUCUCUACUCACAUAUCAAGAGAUCAUAAGAAGACGAUCGUUGAAAAAGCGGGUAGCAGACCAAAUGUCAGACCCAUUUGGUGCAGAAAACAGCAGUGAUGACCUAGAGCUAUCAAUGCGAUUGCUGCAAGCGGCAGAAAUGGCCGAAGGGUUCAGCGGCCGUGCAUUGCGCAAGCUGCCGUUCCAGACACACGCUUUUUUUGUCCAGACACGGACUACGCUAGGUGUUGCCGAAUUCAUUCACUACUUGAUGCAGACCAUCGAUCGCGAGAAGAAGCAAAAGCAGGAGUUAAAUUUGGGAUAG